AAGUAAUCAGUAAUUAGUUACUGAUUGCUUUUUUCAAGUAACUUGACCAACACUGAACAACAACUGUGCUUUAGUGAGUAAUAGUGAGAAGCAAUUAAAUACGGGUGGAAUUAAAUGUUGUCAUUGUUAUAAGGUAACAAUCCCAUGACAAACAUAUUUCUUAGUGUAGUACGUAGAGCUGUUUGACAAAGAGGUUUAUGGGUAAACAUUACAGGUAAACCUGUGUAUUCAUGGAUACACAGAUGAUACCUUUUGAUAACAGGAUGGGUGUUUGAUUGGAAUUGUUAUGGAGCUGCAGAUGACAUGAUACAGGUUUAACGGGUUAAAUAGUGAUGGUACUGCUGCAUGUAAAAGAUUUGAAAUAUCAAAAAGCUGAGAAUAUCAAACAAAUUCAGUUCUGAAAUAAUAAAGUUACAAUUGCCAGGAACACUUGUUUAUAUUUUAUUACACGUUUUAAUAUAUGACCACUAUUUUUUAUGUACUCAACAUAUUUAGGACAUUACAAAAUAGAAUACAAUUUUUUAUGCUUUUGAUAAAGAUUCUAAAUGGGACUAAAUUAUUAAACCAUUUUAAUCUAAUGGUUUAUUCACUCUGAUUAAUGACGUUAUUUUUAUGUAAGCUUUAUUUUAAGGACAAUAUAUAAUGAGUAAACUGUUUUAAAAUCUCACUGUGGAUUAUAAAACAUUAUAAAACAGUCUGUAAAAUGAAUUCCAUGGAUUGUAUAUUCUCUCAUACAAAUGGCCUCAAAACCCCCCACAACUUCCUUUUCAAAAGGUUCUGGGACUAAAAUGGGGAAUGAUUCAGAUGGAACAUUAACAGAUGGAACAUGAACAGGAAUUAGAUGGAGCACGAUUAGAUGGAACGGGAACAGAUGGAACAGGUGGAACAGAUGGACCAGAUGGAACAGGAACAGAUGGACCAGAUGGACCAGAUGGAACAGGAACAGAUGGACCAGAUGGAACAGAUGGACAAGAUGGAACAGAUGGAACAGGAACAGAUGGACAAGAUGGAACAGGUGGAACAGAUGGAACAGAUGGAACAGGAACAGAUGGACCAGAUGGAACAGGAACAGAUGGAACAGAUGGAACAGAUGGAACAGGAACAGAUGGACCAGAUGGAACAGGAACAGAUGGAACAGAUGGAACAGGAACAGAUGGACCAGAUGGAACAGGAACAGAUGGAACAGAUGGAACAGGAACAGAUGGACAAGAUGGAACAGGUGGAACAGGAACAGAUGGACCAGAUGGAACAGAUGGACCAGAUGGAACAGAUGGAACAGGAACAGAUGGACAAGAUGGAACAGGUGGAACAGAUGGAACAGGAACAGAUGGAACAGAUGGACCACAUGGAACUGAUCCCUUCCCAAACUUUGAUCUAAUCCACAUAGCUGAGACAAUUGCAAAUAAUCCUGUGAUGACUGCAAAUCCCACAAAAUAUUUAAACCAUGAUUUUUGUGCAUUUUCCGUGUGUUUCUUAAUGAUGUUAACUUUAGCCUGCUUUCUGAUUUCCUUCUGUGACAGAUUUUCUGAUGACUUUCGAACCCGAUUUUCCUCUUUUUGUAUUUCUAUCUCCAAUGUCUGGAGCUUUUCAUUAGUGUAGUAUCUUCCAUUGUUUUCUGUCACUAU